GCAAAUAAAAAAAGAAAAAUUAGUGGAGAACUUAAACAAUGCACCAGUUGUGGUACCACAUCAUCACCUGAAUGGAGAAAAGGACCCGCCGGUAUACAAAGUCUUUGUAAUGCAUGUGGUCUUUAUUUUGCUAAACUCUUAAGAAGAGAGGCUUCUCUUUCAUUAAAACCUGAAAAAAGCAUUGUAACUGUUAAAGAUUUAUUGUGUGCAAAAGAUCAAAAAACCCAAGUAAAUAGCCAAUUAACAAUUUUUUUAAAUUCAAUUGAACAAAAUCAAUUAAUUUUAAAUCAACAAAACAAUAAUAAUAAUAAUAAUAAUAAUAAUAAUAAUAAUAAUAAUAAUAAUAAUAAUAAUAAUAAUAAUAAUAAUAAUAAUAAUAACAAACAAUAUUUUAUGUAUCCAGGUAGCGGCAGCGUUUCAACUUUAAAUAUUAAUGCAGGCAGCGGAUCAUCCUAUCCAAUGGAUAAUGUACUCACACACAGAAAUCAUUCAGAUAUUGGCGAAAGCGAAGAUGUUUUAGUUGGUACAGAAGCAAAAAUGGAUUUAUCAGGCUCACAAGUCGAUAAAAUUGAAGUUUUAGAUGGUUCAGAUGAACAUAAGAUGGGUCAAUUAUUUGCAACUGCUAUUUGUGGUAAUGAUAUUACCAGUUCAAUUUUUUAUACAUCAUCAUUAUGCACAGCAGCAGCAGGAAAAUAUGCACCAGUAUCAUUAAGUAUUGUUAUUAUUGUACUUUAUUUAUUUAGAAAGGUUUAUGGUGAAGUUGGUAGCGCAUUACCAUUGAACGGUGGUGCUUACAAUGUACUUUUAAAUACUACAACCAAACAAGUUGCAGCUGUUGCCGCUGCACUUACUAUGAUUUCAUAUAUGGCAACAGCAGUAGUAUCAGCAGAAUCAGCAAUGUCAUAUUUACAAGUUUUAUGGGAAGGAUGUAAUGUUAAAGCAGCAACUAUUAUUCUUUUAGGUAUUUUUGCAGUUUUAAAUCUUAUUGGUAUCAGUGAAUCUGCCGUUGUAGCUUUUGUUAUUUUUGCAAUCCACAUUGUUACUCUCACAAUUUUCGUUGUCGGAGGUUUCAUUCUCUUCUUUAUGAAGCACGAAACUACAUUCCCAAUCUUAAGAGAAAAUUGGUAUAACCCAGACGGCGAUUGCCCAACAGUAAACAAUCAAACCGUUGUUCCAUUCUAUCAAGAUAAAAACUUUGCUAAAGAAAUCUAUUUUGGUUUUGGCGCUGCUAUGCUUGGUGUUACUGGUUUUGAAACCUCAUCAAAUUUCAUCGAACAACAAGAGCCAGGUGUAUUCCCAAAAACUCUUAGAAAUAUGUGGAUUAUUGUCAGUAUUUUCAAUCCUUUAAUUGGUUUCUUAAAUUUAUGCUUUGAAAGAGUUUGUGUUAUUGCCUCAGAUACAUCCGGUGGUAUUUUAGCAAAAGUUGCUGGUGUUGCUUUUGGCGAAUGGUUCAAAAUGUGGGUCGGUAUUGAUGCUGUACUAGUAUUAGCUGGUUCAGUACUUACUUCAUACGUUGGUGUCAUUGGUUUAGUUCGUCGUAUGGCUUUAGAUCGUGUUCUUCCACAAUUCCUCAUCCAAACCAAUCCAUUCAGAAAGACUACUCAUUGGAUUAUUAUUUUAUUCUUUGGUAUUUGUUCAUCAUUGUUUUUAAUUGUCGAUGGUAAUACCGAUGUUUUAAGUGGUGUCUAUACUGUAGCUUUCCUUGGUGUAAUGUCAUUAUUUGCUAUUGGUAACAUGUUAUUAAAAUACAAACGUUCAUCUCUCAGAAGAGAAAUUAAAUCUCCAUGGAUAGGUGUAUUAAUUGCACUUUGCUCUGUUAUUAUGGGUUUGGCUGCUAACAUUAUUAGAGAAGCUCAAAUUGUUUACUAUUUCGGUAUUUACUUCCUUGUCACUAUUUUCAUCAUUAUGUUAAUGUUUAUUCGUGCCCGUAUCCUCAAGAUGUUCCUCUUCUUUACUCAAAUUAUUUUAUCUGGUGCCGGUAGAGACCGUGUUUCAGCUUGGUUAGGUGACUCUAUUAAAAAAAUCAAUUCCCAACCAAUUAUUUUCUUUGCCUCAAAAGAUGAUCCAGCUUAUUUAAAUAAAGCUAUCCUCUAUAUUAGAGAUAACGAAUCUACCAAUUGGGUAAAAGUAGUCCACUGUUGCGACAUUGAAGAGUCCUCUGACUCAUUCUCUAGCACUAUGGAAUUUUUAGAUAAGUGUUAUCCAAAGAUCAGAUUAGAUUUAAUUAGGGUAAAUGCUUCAUUCACUCCAGAAACUGUUCAAAAAAUUUCUCAAUCCAUGCAAAUUCCAAAGAACUUUAUGUUCAUCUCUUGUCCAAAAGAUCAAACUGUUCCACAUAGUAUUGGUGACUUUGGUGGUGUUCGUAUGAUUACCAGUUUCUAA